UAUUGAUUGGUUCACUAUGAUUUUUAUAUAACGCACAACACUGUCAUCGUAGGUACAAAAAAAUCUAGGGAUUUCUGAGUCAAGAUUUUACCAACGAAAUUCUCCAAGGAAAUGCCGCCUUCACCAACAAGAUUUACAAAAUCCUUUCCCGGACACCCGGAAAUGUGUUCUUCUCUCCGUUCAGUCUUCACAUUAUCAUCGCCAUGGCGUACCAAGGAUCAGGAAACGUGACUCUAGAAACCAUCCAAAAAGUCUUUCAAAUUCCUGACCCCUUAAGCACAGCAAUUGGUUACCAAGAAAUAACGCGCAACUUGACGUCAUUAAAAAACGCACUUUUACACACUGCUUUCAAAAUUUACCUUCGAAAAGAAUUUCGACUUUUAUCCUCAUUCGAAAACACGGUCAAAAAAUAUUUUGAGUCGGAAGUGCAAUCCCUGGAUUUUGAUCAAACGAGCGCUGCGGUCAAAGAGAUAAACGAAUGGGUCUCUGAAAAAACACACGGGAAAAUCGAGGAUAUAGUGAAUGACGAUUUGAUAGCUUCUACUUCUUUGCUUCUUCUAAACGCGAUAUAUUUUAAAGGCAGCUGGGAUAUACCUUUUUCUGAACGUAAGACUAAGGUGAGAAAUUUUUAUCUGAACGAUGACGAUGUGGUGAAAGUGCAAAUGAUGAAUGGGGUGAAAUAUGUUUUUUACAACUGCAAUAAACAAUUAAUGUCUCAAAUUCUCGCUUUGCCGUAUGAGGGUGGGAUCUACAUGGUGAUCUUCCUACCAGUAUAUAAAAAUGGAAUUGGAGAACUGGAAGCUCUACUAUCUGAAAUGAAUCAUAGUGAAAUUUUCAGUCAAUUGGAUUACACGGCAGUGGAUGUGUUUUUACCAAAAUUUAAAUUCGAGACGACCAUGGAAAUGGAUGACUUGAUGAAAGAGACUGGACUAGAAGUGAUUUAUGACGAAGAGAAAGCCGACUUUAGGGGGAUGAUCGAACUCGCAGAGGGCGAGAACUUGUGCGUAACUAAAAUACUUCAAAAGGCUUGUAUUGAGGUUAACGAAAAGGGGUCAGCUGUUGCUGCUCCAGUUGUAGAAGAGUAUGUUCCGGUAGGCUUCCCAAAAGUAAAACGAGAAUUUGUGAAGGUUAUUGUGGACCAUCCUGCCGUUUUUAUGAUUGUUGCCGGAUUAUUUGAAAAACCAAACGUUUUAUUUUAUGGACGACUGUCCCACCCUGAAGAAGUAACAAACAGUGGUAUCUUGAGUGGUUUCGUGAAUUUCGUGAGAAAACCCUUCAAAACUAUAAACCGAAUUUUCUAAAUGGGCUAAAACAGAUUGGGCAUCUUUCAACUGCAAACUUAUUAAAACCAACUAAGAUUAAUUGUGUG